UCCACCAUCCCCACCAAGCAGACGCAGAUCUUCACCACCUACUCGGACAACCAGCCCGGGGUGCUGAUCCAGGUGUACGAGGGCGAGAGGGCCAUGACAAGGGACAACAACCUGCUGGGGCGCUUCGAGCUGAGUGGCAUCCCACCUGCCCCCAGGGGCGUGCCCCAGAUCGAGGUGACCUUUGAUAUCGACGCCAAUGGCAUCCUGAACGUCACGGCCACGGACAAGAGCACCGGCAAGGCCAACAAGAUC